AUGGCUGCUCAUGAGCGCCGGUUUCGGGUACUCCUGGCCAUCGCACUGUCGGCAGAUCUUUGCCGUUUGCUAGUUGGCUCCGUCCCUUUGGAAGGACCGACAGGACCUGGCGUCAAGAUGGGAUCACUGCGCUUUGACCCUCCGCAGCUGGACUUCAAAGAAGAGUUCACAUGCUUUCCACACCAGGAAAAGGUCCUUGUUUACUGCGACGGCUGUCACGAACUUCUUAGCGUGGAAGCUGUCGCUUCGGACACGGAGGACAUAAUUCCAGGCCUGACUCCGCGGAAGAAGAAGAAGGGAAAGGCCUCAGCCAUCGCCGCAUUGCACGUGUUGUUCAUAGCUCAUCAGCCGGGCGAAGUGCGUGGCCGCAUUGCAGUAUCAACCACUGCCGGUGUGAUCAACUACGAAGUGAAGGGCAGAGCUGUGGCGAACCCUUACCGAAUCGAAGCGAUCCAAAAUUCAAAAGUUAGUGGCGGAGAGGUGAUGCACCACCCUCUCUCGGUUUACAACCCCUCCAGUAGCGUGAUGCAGAUCAGUCAGGUGUCGACAAACGAUACCUUCUUUCAGCUCUUGGCACCUGGAGAAUUCCGGCAGGCAGGACACAAGCGAACGCCUGCCGGGUUUAGCUCCAUACUGCCGGAGAGGGCAGGUGCAGCCUGGACGAUCCAGCCCCAGGAGACGAGCAUUGUGGGCUAUGCCAAGAUCAACUUAUCUCCUGGUAAAUAUCGGGGAUUUGUUGAGAUGAAGCUUGACGAUGUCACCUCUCGUAUUUUGGUGCCCGUGUCCCUGGGAGUCAUCAAGGUCACAGGCAUUAAGAUAUCACCAGAAGUAGUCGACUUCCAGACGCUAGUGUCUGCGAUUCAAGCCAGAUCGAUCUGGCUAUCAGUGACGAAUUUGAAUCCACAGCCGAUUCAACUUUUGUCCUUGUUUGAUCCGACACAGAAUCCAAAUCUGCAAAUCUCUGGCUUUGACCACAAGAAAGGCAUCAGCGUGGCAUCUGGCGCGGUGGUGCGAUUCGCGAAAGUGACCUACCAUGGCUCCAGAGAGGGUGCAGUAAAUGGUAAACUGCAGCUGAUUGUGAAUGACACAGAUGCUGUUUCUGCUACCCUAGAUGUGCCAUACAAGGCGAAUGUGCUGUACGGCUCGCUCGGUUUCAUGAACGACAAAACCAAGUUCCUGUCCACGCCGGGCCGGGUCACCUCGACGAUGCGCGCCAUCAUGGUCUCCAACAAUUUUUCGGUGCCAAUCAUUAUCAAAUCCGCGAAGAUAGAGGAUCCAAGCUUCAAGAUUUCGCACUUCAAGCCGGACACAAUCCUGCAGCCAGGGGAAGCAGCAUCCUUGAUGCACCUGGAGUACACCUCAAACGGAAGUAGUGCCUUGUGUACGAGGGACUUGGAGCUUGCCACGAACGUGACGGCUAUGAAGAUCCCGCUGCAAGUGUACCAUGGCAACUUGCACUGCCAGGUUGAGCAUGGUGAGCUACAAGAGUGCGGGGAAGCGGCUAGCAGUCUCGAUUUGAACAUGGGCAUCCUUAGCGUCUCAGAAGCGCGACGUUCUCGCUUGAACAUCACGAAUCUCAAUCCGGUGAACGUGACCAUUGAGAGCUUCAGCUUCAGCCACCCCAGUGUGAGCCUGCACAUGGACGGGAUAUACAACCCUCAGGGCGUGCAGAUUCGAGGGUCCAGGCCCAUCCCCAAGCAGGCGCACAUGAAAAAGGUGCUGACGCUUCAAGCUGGUCAUAGAUUGGCUUUGACUUUGGAGGUCCUUGCUCAGGAGCCAACUGCAGGUGGGCCGCCUGUGAAUGCCAGCGUCCAGCUGGUCACAAAGCGAGGUGAGAAGAUAACAAUCAGAACCAGGUAUGAGAGCGUCCUGGGUGGUCUGAGUUUUUCUCCGGCGAGCCUGAGAUUUGAAGCAUCCUUUCCGGGACAGAUUCAGAGUCGAGUAGUAGCGGCUCGCUCCACCUUCGAGCAGCCCUUGCAGCUCGAUGCAGUCCGCUCAACGGAUAGCCGCAUUAUUCCGGAACUUCUGACGAAGACGCUAAAGCCGUUGGCGCGAACUGAAGUAGUGCGGGUCUACUAUGACCCCGCAAAGGCGACCGCCUCGCCUGCCCCUGGUCCUGGUGCUUUCGGUGAGGACUCGAGAGAGCCCUUCACUGCUUCGGAGUCAGGUGAAGUCGUUCAUUGGAAUUCUCCUUUGACGCUUGACUUCUUGGAGCGGUGGAUGGCUCGCCAGAAGUCCGUCACCUCCAACGGUCGGGGGACGUCAGACAUCGAAGCCACACUGAUGUUUGACACCAACAUUGUGUGGGGCGCCACCUUGCAGGUACAGGCAUCGCUGAUGCACCCUCACGCUUUGUUUGAGCCAUCGCUGGUCUUCGAUCUCACCCAAGUAGGAGCUUCCAAGGCUCGUUGGCUGCUUGCACAGAACCCAUCAGAGUCGCCGCUGGCGCUACAGCUGGUUUUCCCGGUCUGCACUGCCGCGAAAUCUCGUGGCCGUAUGCCAGAGAACCAGACGCCGUCCCUGCAGGACGGCACAAUGAAUCUGGCCGCAGACUGUGAAGGUGGACGAGCUUUCCGCCUGGGGGCAGAAGCAGAAGGGAAGAUUUGGCACGUGGAGCCUUAUGGCGAGGCGUCCAUUGGGCCCAUCCUUUUUGAGCCUUUCCAACAUGCACAGUAUCGAACCAAGCUGUACGUGCGAAACAACUUGACAGCUCUGCACCAAGUGGAGCUGAAAGGGCAUGGUGGCUCUAGCCGCCUGGUUUUUCCAGAAGGCGUACUAGAGUUCAACUUGACCCUCUCGGAUUUCGGCGGAGACGAGGCUGCAGGUCUGAACUUCACCACUCUUGCAGCUUCAAGGCUGAACGAAUCAGACUUGAGCGGUGAAAGCUCCGAUUGGCUUCUGUCCAAGACGUCCAAUGAGAGGCAUGAUGGCAGUGGUGAAGAUUACAAGCUGUCACGGCCCUACUGGCGCCAGCAGCGGGUAGCGGUGAAGCGCAGCAUCGUGGCCACAAACGACUGCGAGCUGCCAGUGGAGGUGACGCAGAUCAACAUUGGCGGCAUUCCCGGCUGCAGUGCGUUUGGUUUUGAGGUGGUUGAUUGCCAACUGCCAUUGACUGUUGCGCCCCACGAGAGCGUGGUCUUCCUAGUGUCCUUCACUCCGGAGGUUGUCGCUUCCAGAUGGGCUCAGAACCUGCGCUUUCUGAGCUCGUCUGGGCGAACCAUCCUGCAGGUUCCAUUGCGGGUAAACCUGCAGCCUGAGCUUCUGCCCAUGUUAAGCGACCUGCCCACGUCGCUUCAGAUACUAGGUGAUCAGACGGAGGCGUCUCUGCGAAAAGCCGUGGUUGGCACGGCAUUCACCGUGCUGCUAAUGAUGCUGGCGGUGGUUGCGGUUGACAGCUUCCGCGCUUGGAAGAAGCCUGUGUCAGGACAGCUUACGGGCAAACUGUUCAGCAAUGGUUCAGCACCAGAUGCUUAUGGAGCUACUGCCGCAAGAAUCGGCGCGGUAGUUUCCAUGCUCUCUUGGACCAGCAUAGACACCCUGGCCGGGGUGCAGGAAAAGGAGGUGGUACAGCGCCAAAGCACACACGCGCAAGAGGAGCCUGCUCAGCCGUCACAGCCGACUGCAUCCGCGCCACCUGCGCAACCUGCACCUGCACAGGUGCAACAGGCACAGGCGCAGAGCCAACCAAGUGGUGGUGCGCGGGAAGCCUCACAGCAAGAUCAGCUGAAGGAGCAGCAGCAACAGCUGCAGCAGCAGCUGCAGCAGCUGCAACAUUUGCAGCAACUGCAGCAGCAACAUCUGCAGCAGCACUUGCAGCAGACAAAAGUUCCAGAGGCAGCUCCCAAAGCAACGGCCACCGCCAAAGCGCAGCCCAAGACCCAGCCUCAGCCGCAGCUUCCGAAAGGUCAGCCGGCUGCCAAGCAGCCUGCGAAGCCGCCAAGAGAUGUUAAAGCCCAAAAAGAGCAAGAGGCCAAGGCACCUCCUAGCGCACCCAAAGGAGCAGCUCCUGCCAAGGCGCCGUCCCCGACUCAGGCCGCAGAGAGGCGCCCAUCUCAGUCAACCCCCAAGGAAGAUAAGAAAAAGAAGGAGCGCGAGAUGGAAUCGCCCCACGCCAAAGGGCAAGCCAGCCAAUCUGGCCAAGGCCAAGCCAGUCGGCAUGAGGAGAGAAAGCAGGAAGAGCCCAAAGAGCGGAAGCAAGAGGAGGCCAAGAAAGAGAAGCGCCCUGAGGAUGGCCCCAAGAAGAAGGAGCAACCAAAAGCCAAGCGACCGGAGCCUGAGAAAAGCCCAGCUGUUGCCAAGAUUCCCCCAUCCCAUCCACCUUCCGCACCAGCACCACCACCAGAGAAGAAGGUCCCCGCACAGACUCCAGCACAACCCCCUUUGCAGCCACCAACCCUUCCGCCUGCGCAGCCACCUACGCAGUUGCAAUCUCAGCCUGCUGUCCCAUUGAACUCCGUUUGGGUGGACAAGAGUCCACGCACCGAGUUCAUGGGGCAACCUGUGCAACCCGGGCAAGCCGUGCCGGCCGAAGAGAUAGCAAUGGCCCUCCCACCUCCGCCGUCCAUCCCACCACCGCCAGCACCCGGCAAGGCAAGCAAGCCAAAGGCAAUUAGUCCAUCCAUGCCGGGGAUGCUAGGGCUUCCAGACAUGCGGGGCCCUCCUGGCAUUGACCUGGGCUUGCUGCUGACAGGGCCAGCCCCUGGCCUGUCACCACAGCCUGGGCCCGGGCCGGUGCUGCCACCCCCGGGCAUUGCCAAGCCCUACCCGGAUCCCAGCCUGGCUCCUGCAGAGGCAGCCGCCGUGUCAGCUGUCCAAGGCUUGACCGACAGCUUCUUCGCCACGGGGCUUGACUUCGGGGGCUUGGGCGCCAUCGGCCUUCCUCCCGGCAUCGCCUCACAGCCCAUGCUUCCACAGCGCCCUACCUCCAGCGUUCCCAUGGACCAGGAGUACUACCCCAGCCUGGAGCCUUUGGAUCGCAUGGGCAUGUUCAGCGAGCCUCCAGCGACCUCGUCCCUCUUUUCAUCACCUUUCGGCAUGUUUGGCCCCAUUGGCUCGCACAGCUAUGGUGACGGAAAUCCAGAGGGGAACGACUUCCUUUCAGACUUGCGGUCAGACUCACGGCGGAAUGGCUAG